AUGGCAUCCUCAAACAAUAUUAAUCCGUCUGUGAAUAAAAUGCAACAAGAAGUAAACAAAGGUCAAGCACCAAGAACUGUACGUCGUGUAGAUCAAGCAAGUUUGAAUAUUGGCGACAGCCGCGCUCAUGUUCAUUUCACAGAUGGAAGUGCAUUGAAGGACGAUGGAACAUGGAAACAUGGCGGAAGAAAAUUAUCUCGAGAAGAAAAACAAUGGUUACAGAAGCAUGGUUGGAAAAUACCCGUAGAAACAUGA